GAGAAAUUACAUAAUUACCAAAGAAAAAAAUGAUUUUUUUUUAGGGGUUUUAAUUAGUUAGAAAAAAGGAGGCUCCUUUGGAAGAACAAGUAUUACAACAGUCGUCGUCGUCAAGCGGCGUCAGAGAAAGUCUCUCUCUGUGUCUAACUGAAAAAAAUGCAAUCUGGCGGCGAUUUCAGCAACGGUUUCCACGGAGACCAUCACCGCGAGCUUGAAUUGGAAGACAAGCAAGGCCCCAGUCUCAGCUCUUUUGGCCGAGCCAAGAAGCGCAGUCACGCCGGAGCUCGUGACCCUCGAGGCGGUCUCGCCAAUGUGCUUAGGGUUUCUGACCAGCUUGGCGAGCACAAGUCAUUGGAGACUUCGGAAUCUUCUCCUCCGCCUUGUACUGACUUCGACGUUGCCUAUUUUCAUUCCUAUGCUCACGUUGGGAUUCACGAAGAGAUGAUCAAGGAUCGGGCAAGGACAGAAACUUAUAGGGAAGCCAUAAUGCAGCAUCAGAGCUUAAUCGAAGGCAAGGUCGUGGUGGACGUUGGCUGUGGAACUGGCAUCCUUUCAAUCUUCUGUGCUCAAGCAGGUGCAAAACGGGUAUAUGCUGUAGAUGCAAGUGAUAUUGCUGUCCAGGCAAAGGAAGUUGUGAAAGCCAACGGUUUAUCCGAUAAGGUCAUUGUCUUGCACGGGAGAGUGGAGGAUGUUGAAAUCGACGAGGAGGUUGAUGUUAUAAUUUCAGAGUGGAUGGGUUACAUGCUCUUGUAUGAGAGCAUGCUGGGAAGUGUUAUCACAGCUAGAGAUCGCUGGUUGAAGCCUGGAGGUUUAAUUCUCCCAUCACAUGCAACAUUAUACAUGGCACCUAUUUCUCACCCUGACAGAUACAGUCACAGUAUUGAUUUUUGGCGCAAUGUUUAUGGAAUUGAUAUGUCUGCGAUGAUGCAAUUAGCUAAACAGUGUGCUUUUGAAGAACCCAGCGUGGAGUCCAUAUCAGGCGAGAACGUUCUAACAUGGCCAGAAGUGGUUAAACAUAUAGACUGUAAAACUAUAAAAAUCCAAGAGCUAGACUCGGUUACUGCAAGAUAUAAAUUCAACUCAAUGAUGAGAGCUCCAAUGCAUGGUUUUGCAUUUUGGUUCGACGUUGAAUUCAGCGGACCGGCCUCUUCACCUGCCAAGAAUACUAGUGAAACCAGUAUUGCUAGUGGUUCUUCGUCGAUAAGUCCUUCUGGAGAAGUAAAUCAGAAGAAGCGGACUAAUCCGAGUGAUGCACUUGUGUUGUCCACCUCUCCCGAGUCUCCUCCAACGCAUUGGCAGCAAACGAUUGUAUAUUUCUAUGACCCUAUAGACGUAGAGCAAGACCAAGUCAUUGAAGGUUCCGUGACACUUUCUCAAAGCAAAGAGAACAAGAGAUUCAUGAACAUCCACCUCGAAUAUUCGUUAGUAGCCACACUCUUUCACCCUUUUCAAUUUUUUUUUAAAUUUCCACCAAUGCUUAUAUUGUGAUUUUUGCAGCUCGGCCGGCCGUUCCUUUGUAAAAGAGUCAGUAAUGCGUUAAGGAGGCGAUUCUCUGACAAUUCAUCCUUACCUUUAGAAGCCCUGUAAGGUGUAGUCUCUUCUGCUAAAGCAAUUAUUAGUCCAGAAAUUGCAGAACCAACAAUUGAGGACAUUGACAAACUCAAGCUAUUUUUAGUCUGCGAAAACACCAGUUCUUGUAAGAUUAUUUAGGUUUUAGAUCAGAUGGAAGCAAUUUUAGGACAUUGUUCUUGAGGCUAUUUAUAAGCUUGUUACUAGCCAUCCACUCAGCAGACACUUCUCUUUGAGUGCUUAUAUAUGUCAUGCAUAUUUUAUUGGUGAUUUGUAUAAAAUUCAUCAUGAUCAAUUUAUUCAAUUUAGCGUUUUAAAAUC